AUGAAGUGUUAUUUUUUCCGCAAUCCAGAAAGAAUCGAGGAAAAACACGAAGGGAUACUGCAGGUUUAUAUUUACGUGGCAGUAUCGCUUUAUAAUUUUUACUUGUUAGAUCGAUUCAAGCCGAACACAACCGUUGAUCCAGCAAAUGUAGCAGCUCUUCCGAAGGAGGAUUUGUUUCAUCCUGUGCGUUGUAACAUUUGCUCGACGAGUGUUGGAGUUUAUGAUUGUGAUGAAGUUUUUCAUUUCUUUAACACAGUGACACAGAAGGAAAAGGAGGAAAUUGCUGGUCCAGGAGGUGGUAACGGUUGCAGAUACUAUAAACCGCAUGUGAAUAGGGCUCUCAGUUAUCCCGUCCCUUGGGCAAUGGGAACUCGAGAACAGCCGCAUUUUCAAGAAGCGAACGAGCGCAUGCUGGAGCCGAUGAUUCGGCUACCGCUUGUGGAUAUGCUCCGAAGACUCAGCUCAAAACAAGGCGAGCAGAUAUGCAAACAUCACCCAUGUUCGCGUCACCAACAAACAUGUGAAGUUUGUUGUAAUUCCACAACUAAAGCAUCCGAAAUACUGGAUUUUUUGAGCGUAAUGAUGGUUGUUUUUGUUGGGAAUCAUUCCAAUAAUUUUGACAUCCGUGGUGAUCAAUACACAAUUUGUGGCUUUUUCGAAUCGCAAUACUGGCAUUGCUUGGAAGCAUUUGGUCAGAAGCUUGGACGAAAAUACUGCGAUUUGGAACGCCGCGAUUUUAAUGAAUGUAUCACCAAUUAUAAACAGGUCUUUUUAUUUGCAUUUUUUAUAGAAAUUUUCUCACAGAUACCCACCCUAACGCUUCCUCACCGUUUAUACUUUCCCCUAACUUUUGCAUCCUCUUGUGCUUGUCGUUUUGAUUUCGUGGCUGGUGUGAUUUCGACCACAGGGAGUCAUGGUUUAAAGACUUAA